AUGUUGUCGUGCGCCGGUGCCGAUCGUCUCCAGACCGGUAUGCGUGGUGCCUUCGGUAAGCCCAACGGUCUCGUUGCCCGUGUGAACAUCGGCCAGAUCAUCCUGUCCGUCCGCACCCGUGACUCCAACCGUGCCGCCGCCAUCGAGGCUCUCCGCCGUUCCAUGUACAAGUUCCCUGGUCGCCAAAAGAUCGUCGUCUCCAAGAACUGGGGUUUCACUCCCGUCCGCCGCGAGGAGUACGUCCAGCUCCGCCAGGAGGGCAAGCUCAAGCAGGACGGUGCCUACGUGCAGUUCCUGCGUGGCCACGGUCUCGUUGAGGAGAACAUGAAGCGAUUCCCCGACGCCUAUGAGAACCUUGCGGCUUAA